AUGUUAAGAAUUUCUAGUGAAAUAAAAUCUCCAUUCGAAUAUGUACCACUUAAACAAAUCAAUAUUGAAGCAACAAUUCGUUCAUUUGCUGCUGAUGUAACAAUAACACAAAUAUUUCGAAAUGAUGAAUAUACAUCUAUUGAAGCUGUUUAUUGUUUUCCUAUUGAAGAACAAGCAGCUAUUUAUAGUUUUACAGCUCGUAUUGAUAAUCGAGAAAUCAUUGCACAAUUAAAAGAAAAAAAAGAAGUUCAAUUUGAAUAUAAUAAUACUUUAAUACAACAACAACAACAACGACAACAAUAUAGUACUUAUUUAUUAGAACAAGAUGAAAAAUCACAAGAUACUUUUAUUAUUAAUGUUGGUAAAUUACCUCCAUCAAAAGAAUGUAUAAUAACUAUAUCAUAUGUUACAGAAUUAGAUCUUAUACAAGAUUCAAUAAUUCGUUUUGUUAUUCCAACAACUAUUGCACCUCGAUAUGAUUCUCAAAAAAAACGUAUUAGCUCACCAAUGAAUAUCAAAUCAAAAUAUGUUCAAUCAAUACCAUAUAUAAUUGAAUUUCGAUGUCGUAUUGAAAAAAUCUAUGGACCUAAUGAACAACAAUAUAUAGCACGAUUAAAUUCUCCAUCACAUCAUGUUGAUAUUGAUCUUUCUGUACAUGAUGCUUAUAUAGUUACAUUUGCACAAAAGAAUACAUAUUUAGAUCGUGAUAUACUUUUGAAUAUAAAAUUAUCUGAUAAACGUGCAAAUACAUUUAUUGUUGUUGAAUCAAAUGCUGCUAUGGCUGCCGUAACACCAUUUGAAGAAGAUUGUUAUUUAACAUUAAAUAAUAAACAAACAAAUGAAUUUAUAUUUAUACUUGAUUGUAGUGGAUCAAUGAGAAAUGAAAAUAAAAUUGGAUUAGCUCGUGAAGCUAUGUUAUUUUUUAUUAAAAAUCUUCCAAUAAAUUGUUAUUUUAAUAUAAUUAAAUUUGGAGCGAAAUAUAGUUGUUUAUUUAAUGAAUCGACUGCUUUUUAUAAUAAUGUGAAUAUAAGAAUUGCUGAGAAAUUUAUUAGUCAAAUACGAGCAGAUUUCGGUGGUACUGAAAUACUUGCACCUUUACAAUGGCUAGAACGUCAUCCACCUCAUAUUGAUCGUGCUCGUCAAGUAUUUCUUUUAACUGAUGGUGAAGUUUCAAAUGUAUCUGAAGUAUUAGAAUUAUGUCGUUCAAUGGCUUCAUCAACUCGAAUAUUUUCAUUUGGUUUGGGUGCAUCACCAAGUCGAUCUCUUGUAAAAGGUCUUGCACGAACAACAAAUGGUCGAUUUAUUUUUAUUCCACCAAAUACUCAUAUUGAUAUUUAUAUUCGAGAACAAUUACAAAAAGCAAUUCAACGAUGUAUUACAAAUAUUCGUAUUCAAUGGAAUCUUGGAGUUUCUAUACAAAAUGUACCAAAUCAACUAUCACCAGCCUAUAUAAAUGAUCGUUUAAUUAUUUAUGCUCUAACAAAUAAUCAAACAAUAGAAUUAAAUCAUAAAUCUUCAAUUGAAAUUCGAACUGAUCAAAGUUAUUAUCGUUUAGGUAUAACGCAUGCUGAUCGUAUAACAAAUAAUACUAAAAUGAUAGCACGUCUUGCUGCUAAAGCAUUAAUACUUGAAUUAGAAUAUUGUAAAAUAUCACGAAAAAGUACAAAACAAGUACGAUUUGCAGAUAUUAACUAUGAUUCAAAAAAUAACAAUGAUAUUAUUCGAACAAAAGAAGAUAUUAAACAACGUAUUAUUAAUUUAUCAUUACAAUAUAAUAUUCUUAGUCGAUAUACAGCAUUUGUUGGUAUUGAAAAAUAUCUCAAUAAUAGUAAUAUUAAUAUGGUCUUACGUGAAGUACCAAUACAAAUAUCAGCUGAUAGUCAAUAUAUUCAAUCAAUUGAUUCAAGAUCGAAAAAAAUUUUAAACAAUAUCAAUAAUAUUGAUUCAUAUUUUUUCGCAAGAGAUUUCGACAAUCAAUCAAUACAUAUCGAAAGAUCAAGAGAACAAUCAUUAACUAAAAUGAAUGUAUUGAUAAAUGAUAAAUAUAUGAAGUAUGAUCAAGAACAAGAUUCUCUUGAGCACAUUCAAUCUCAUCAUAGUAUUUCAAUUCCUGUACAAUUGAGUACAACUAAAGACAAUAGUUUCGUGUUCGUAUCAAAUGAACAUAAGCUUAUGCAAGAUAAUAUGCUAAAGAAAGAAAUAUAUCAAUAUCAAGAUGACAUACGAUCGAUGAAUGAUAAAGAUCUUGUUCAUUAUUUAAUAAAUAAACAAAAAAAUGAUGGUCUUUGGAAUUUUGAUUCAAAUAGAAAAACAAUAAAAGAUUUAACAGGAAAACCGUUUACUAUUUUUCAAUCAUCUGAAAUUCAUAGUAAUACUCAAAUCUUGAUUACAGCUAUUAUUAUUGUCUUAUUUGAAGUAAGGUAUACAGCUUUACGUUCAAUAUGGGAUGAUGCUAUAGACAAAGCACGUCGAUGUUUAAUUAAUUUAUUAAAUAAUGAUUGGAAACAAUUAGUUUUUUUAUUUAGACAUAUUAGAAUAAUAUUAAGUGGAUAA